UUUUUUUGUUUACCAUUGGUCUGGCAGAAAUUUCCCGCCUUUUUCGGUUCAGACUCUCCCUCUUUCUCUCUCCUCUUUCAUGGAGGUGGUGGUGAAUGGUGAUGCUGCUUCAUCAAGAAAAAGAAGGAAAACAGAAGCAAAAAAAGAAACAAGAAAAAAAAGAAAAGAAGCAGUGGGUGGUGUCAUCAUAUCAUUUUUAUCUCCUAGUUUAUUAUAUCCAUCCUCUGAUCCUACCGUCUCUUCUUCUUUUUUGCUUUCCUCAGGAAGAGACGAUUCUUGGAUCAGUUUAUGGGGAGUGUGACCUCUGAUUGAUAAAUUUGGAAUUCCAUAUCCUGUCUUGCCUGAAUUACUGGUUAUGAAUAUAGGACCUUCUGUUGAGGAAUGAAGUCCUCGAGCUUUGACUUGUAGAUCCAACUUUGCAAGUUAAAUUUGUAUAACUGAAUCAAUCUUUACAUGUUUGUCUAUUUACUGGUACUUCAAAAUCUGAUGUUUGGUUCUAAUUGAUGAACCAUGGAGCUUGUUGAAGCAUGAAUUAGAUGAGAAGAGAAUUUGAUAUAUGCACCGUUAACAAGUCAUAAUGGAUAGAGCCAAUGAUCGUCCUCGCAAGUCUCAAUCUAAUGGGGUCGCAGCUUCUAACGAACCUACUACUUUGCAUGGUGAAUUAGAUGUGUGGAUUAUAGAAGCUAAAUCUCUACCAAAUAUGGAUUUACCAGCAGAACAUAUGAGAAGAUGUUUUACUGUGUUUGGAUCUUGCACAAACCCUUGCGGAAAGAGACAUAUCAAGCAUUCAGGCAGAAAUAAAAUGAUCACAAGUGACCCUUAUGUAUCUGUUUGCCUUGCAGGGGCAACAGUAGCUCAAACUAGAGUAAUCACCAACUGUGAGAACCCAUUAUGGGACGAGCAUUUCUGUGUGCCAGUUGCUCACCCGGUUGUAAAAGUGGAGUUCCAUGUCAAGGAUAAUGACGUUCUUGGAGCUGAACUAAUUGGAGUAGUAGACAUAGCUGUAGAAAAGAUCAUCUCAGGAAAUAUAGUUAAUGAUUGGUUUCCUAUCAUUGGCCAUUUUGGGAAUUGCUUGAAACCUUAUCCUGAGCUACAUAUUUCGAUUCAGUUCAAGUCAGUUGGUGAGAACUCUUUAUAUAAAGAUGGGGUUGGUGCUGGACCAGAUUAUGCAGGAGUUCCAAAUACACACUUUCCGCUUCGUAAAGGAGGGAAUUUGACUUUUUAUCAAGAUGCUCAUGUACCUGAUGCUAUGCUACCUGAGAUUUUACUGGAUGGUGGAAACGUUUUCCAGCAUAGUAGAUGUUGGGAAGAUAUGUGCCAUGCCAUCUUGGAAGCUCAUCACCUCAUAUAUAUUAUUGGGUGGUCAAUAUUUCAUCCUGUCAAGCUUGUGAGGGAGCCAACAAAGCCAUUACCUUCUGGAGGAGAGCUUUCCUUAGGGGAGUUGCUGAAAUACAAGUCACAGGAAGGCGUCCGUGUGGUUAUGCUGAUAUGGGAUGACAAAACUUCACAUGACAAAUUUUAUUUGAAAACGGAAGGCGUAAUGCAGACCCAUGAUGAAAAAACUAGAAAGUUUUUCAAACACUCUAGUGUCCAUUGUGUGCUUGCUCCUCGUUAUGCUAGCAAUAAGCUUAGCAUUUUCAAGCAACAGGUUGUAGGAACCCUUUUUACGCAUCAUCAGAAGUGUGUGCUUCUUGACACUCAAGCUUCUGGAAAUAAUCGGAAAAUUACUGCUUUCAUUGGUGGCCUUGACCUAUGUGAUGGAAGAUAUGACACUCCUGAGCACAGGCUUUUUACUGAUCUUGACACGGUCUUUAAAAAUGAUUUUCAUAAUCCUUCAUUUUCAUCUAAUGCCAAAAGCCCAAGACAACCAUGGCAUGAUUUGCACUGCAAAAUUGAGGGUCCAGCAGCAUAUGAUGUAUUGACAAAUUUUGAACAAAGAUGGAGGAAAGCAACAAAAUGGCGUGACUUCAGGCUCAAAAAGGUUACUCACUGGAAUGAUGAUUCAUUGAUAAGGCUAGAUCGUAUUUCAUGGAUACUCACUCCUUCUCCUGGUGUUAACGGUGACCAAGUUGUGCGCGUCACUGAUGAAAAAGAUCCUGAGAAUUGGCAUGUGCAAAUAUUCCGGUCAAUUGACUCGGGAUCUGUGAAGGGUUUUCCAAAGGCUAUUGAAGAAGCUGUGGCUCAGAAUCUUGUGUGUGGGAAGAACCUGAAAGUAGAUAAGAGCAUUCAUACAGCAUACAUAAAAGCAAUAAGAUCAGCACAACAUUUCAUAUACAUAGAGAAUCAAUAUUUUCUUGGAUCUUCUUACUACUGGCCGUCAUACAAAAAUGCAGGUGCGGAUAACUUAAUCCCAAUGGAGAUAGCCUUGAAAAUUGCCAGUAAAAUCAAUGCAAAUGAGCAUUUUUCAGUAUAUAUAGUAAUACCAAUGUGGCCAGAGGGUGUCCCCACUAGUUCUUCAGUGCAGGAAAUUUUGUUUUGGCAGGGGCAAACAAUGGCCAUGAUGUACAAAAUUAUUGGUAAGGCCCUUGAAGAAGCAGGCCUUUCCGAUAUGUAUCAUCCACAGGACUAUUUAAACUUCUAUUGCCUUGGCAAACAUGAAGCUUCAUGUCCACUAAAUCCUUCCCAUAUGAAUCAACAAACUGAAAAUCGUUCAUUGGCAGCAGCCCAAAAGAACCGCAGAUUUAUGAUUUAUGUCCAUUCCAAAGGGAUGAUAGUUGAUGAUGAGUAUGUAAUCAUAGGAUCAGCAAACAUUAACCAGAGAUCCUUAGAUGGUUCAAGGGACACAGAAAUUGCGAUGGGCUCUUACCAACCAACUUACACUUGGAAAGAAAAAAAUUCUCAUCCACGUGGCCAGGUUUAUGGUUAUCGCAUGUCUCUCUGGGCAGAGCACCUGGGCGUCCUGGAAGGGGAAUUCCGGGAACCAGAGUCUUUAACGUGCAUGAAGCGUGUGAACAAGACUGCAAGACGAAACUGGAAAGCCUAUGUGGCUGAGGAGAACAAGGAAAUGAGAGGGCACUUGAUGCAAUACCCAGUUCAUGUCAGCAGAGAUGGGAAAGUGAGUGCUUUGCCAGGGCAUGAAACAUUUCCUGAUGUUGGUGGAAAAGUUCUUGGAGCACCAACUACUCUUCCUGAUGCUCUAACCACAUAAUAUUCUAGAUUUUUACAGGUCUGAACUGCAGUUAAGUAUACAUGUAAAUGAGUUUAUACACCAGAAAUAGAAGGGGAAAAGAAAUUACACGAAACUUCUGAUGUGCAAAGCCAAUAAUUUUGAGCCCCAUUUUUCUUUUUUUGAGAUGCAAGUAACAUUAUUGAAAAAUGCAGUGUUAUUGAGAAGUUCUAAAAUUUUCUGACUGAUUUCAAACAGUUAUUGAGAAAAUGUUGAAUGUCAAUGAAAACAAGCAGGAAUGUGGAUUGAAAACGAGAACUAA